AUGCGAGGAAAAGCUCAGGCUAGCCAGGGCGACUCGUUCCUGCAUGAAGCGAUUGCGAGUGCCAACGAGAAGGCGGGAAGUACCGUCAAGGUGGUGCUGUCUGCUGACGUGACACUCACGUCAAACCUCCCCCAGCUCGAGUACAACGCCAUUCUUCACAUCCAAGGCAAAUGCGGAGACAAGCGAUGCGUCAUCAAGGGCAACGGCUUUAAAGGCUUCAACUGCGAUCCCGGCGCCGCGCUGCAGCUCGAGGACCUCCACAUCGAAGGCUUUACCGGCGGCGCGAUCAUCGGCGAAUGCAGCGGCGUGGGCCUCGCAAAACCGCUCAUUGCUCGUCGUGUAACCUUCCGUGGUAACAGCAACAAGCGAGGUGGAGCGAUUUCGCAGGAGCUCGCGACGAUCCAGAUCUCGGAAUGUCUUUUUGAGAACAACCAGGCGUCGUUGGAUGGCGGCGCGAUCUCGCUGCUGCGAAGCGGGUUUCUCGCGAUUUUCAACUCGACGUUCGUGAAUAACGUGGCUACCGGCGGAUAUGGCGGCGCGGUGGCCGGUCAGGUUAACUACGUGCAGAGGAGCCGGUUCGAGGGGAACUCGGCGAAACUAGACGGUGGCGCGAUCUACUCGACCGCGAUCGCCGGGCAGGCGCCUAAUAUAAUGCGGACGUCGUUUAAGGCGAAUGUCGCGAGGACGGGUGGCGGUGGUGCGCUGUUCUUGGGUGUGGAGGGUGGUGGGAGCGCGGAGCUGGUAACCCGUGUGUGCUAUUCGUCGUUUGCGAAAAACAGUGCUGUUUCGCCAACGGCUAGCGACGAUAUUCUUGUGGAUGGCGUGGAGGGCGGAGGGAACGUGCUACAGCUGUGUGGUAACCAGAAGCCGGAUAUGGUGGCUCAGCAACCCAACGCCCAAGUGGUCCAGUCGUGCAAGGGGUGCUCUGGCUGCGGCGACGGAAACGACUGCAACGGCAAGGGCAAAUGCAUCUACGAUAGGGUGGAUGGGACUCCCUCGUGCAAGUGCCAAGGGAGCUACUCCAAAGCCGCCUCUUGUGCUACAUGCGAGCUCGGCUACAGCCUCGCCUCGGGCUGCACACUCUGCAUGGCGGGUUUCAUUCCUGUCACCACCACCUCGUCUCGCUCCUCCCGCUCCUCCGCCGCGCUUGCAAAGAACGGAGCCGCUACUAACGCGGCUGUGAAGUGCAAGACGUGUCCGGCCCUGAAGGCGAUUAGUGACCUGGACGUGUACCGGAUUAUUGGCGGUGCGCGUGUGUCGACCCAGGCUGCGUGCGCGGACAUGUGUGCGUCGAGCCGGAAGAUUCAAACAUACGAGGGGGAUAAGCUGUCUUGCGAGAGCUGGGUGUGGAUUCCCAAGGGCUCGCCUGCUGCUGCUAAGAGCAAGAGCAGCAAGAGCAGUGGCAGCGGCGGCGGGGGAGGGAGGAAGAAAGUGGCGGAGUGGGAGGGUGAGUGUGGGGGUUUCUGUGUGAUGCGGCAUACGGACGGAGCGUGCAGUAAUGGAACUGCUGUUCUGAGGAAUGCAAAUGGGUACUCGUACUAUGUCGGGUCGUUCGAUGAUGGCAGCUGCCAGGCGUGA